AUGCCGAAAAGUUGUUGUGCGGUUGGAUGCUCCAACAACAACGUGAAGGACAAGAAAUUAUCUUUCCACAUCUUUCCCAUGGACCCGGAUCGCCGGACAAAGUGGGUAAACGCCGUGAAAAGAUUGUAUCGGUCCGUCGUGGACAGAGAAAAGAGGGAGAGGAAGCUGAGAGAGUGGGUGGAGGGGACCCAUGAACAACAGGCCGAGAGGAAGAGGAUCUCCACGAGGUAG